AAUAUACGUCAACAGAGGUUGACAUGUUUAUAGUAUGUGUACCGCAGUGGUUUAGUGUACAUGUAUCUUAUGGGAUAUCAUUUUGAAAAAUACGAAAAGACAAGUAAAGAAUGAAAAGCAUAGCAGUGAUCGGGGCAGGUGCUAGUGGUUUAACAGCUAUCAAAUGCUGUCUGGACGAGGGACUUGAACCUGUAUGUUUUGAGAGGGGUAACUAUAUAAGUGGAUUAUGGCAUUACACAGAAGAUGUAGAGGAAGGUCAGGCAUGUGUGAUGAAAUCUACGGUGAUCAAUACAUCAAAGGAGAUGAUGUGUUACAGUGAUUUUCCUAUCCCAGGAGAGUUUCCGAUCUACAUGCAUAAUAAGUAUGUCGAUAGAUAUUUCCAUAUGUACGUGGACAAGUUCGGACUGAGAAAGUACAUAAACUUCAAUACAGAGGUGCUGUCUGUGAAACCAACCAAAACGUUUAACAGUGACGGGCAAUGGGAAAUCGCCAUAAAGACAUCUGAUAAAGAAGAGACCCGUGUAUUCGACGCUGUCCUCAUAUGUACUGGUCAUCAUGCUGAAAAGAACAUACCAAAUUUUCCCGGACUAAACAAAUUCAAGGGCAAGGUCACGCAUACACACGACUAUAAAGAUUAUCAUGGGUACGAAGACAAAAACGUCCUGAUUAUUGGCAUUGGAAAUUCUGGCGGCGACGUUGCAACAGAACUUAGCCGAAUAUCGUCACAGGUUUAUCUGAGUACAAGAUCAGGUUCAUGGAUUUUCCAUCGUGUAGAUGAUAAAGGACUUCCUGGUGACAUGAUGCAUUCAACUCGCUUGAACACAAAGCUUUUAAAGUCUUUUCCAAAUAUGUUGAUAUCGCUCGCAGAAAAGAAACUCAACAAUAAAUUUGAUCAUGAAAAGUAUUGCCUAAAACCCAAACAUGGUCUGUUCUCUGCACACCCAACCUUGAAUGAUGAGUUGCCAAAUAGAAUCAUUUCUGGAGGUGUUAUUGUAAAAGCCAAUGUUGCAGAGUUCACAGAAACUGGGGCGAUCUUUGAAGACGGUACAAAAAUUGAUAAUUUGGAUGCUGUAGUUCUAGCAACGGGCUACAUUUUUGGAUUUCCAUUCAUUGAUAAAAGUGUGAUAGAGGUGAAAGCCAACAAAGUCAAUCUAUACAAGUACAUGUUUCCACCCGACUUGCAAAAACAUACGAUGGCAAUCAUCGGUUGCUUCCAGCCACUUGGUGCAAUUAUGCCUAUGAGCGAAAUGCAAUGUCGCCUUGCUACAAGAGUGUUUAAGGGAUUAAAGACGUUGCCAGAAAGUACCGAGAUGUGGGAAGACAUUAAAAGCAAGCAAGCGGCUAUGGGUAUGAGAUACAAACAGUCUUUGAGACACACAAUACAAGUGGAUUAUGUCCCUUACAUGGAUGAACUGGCUGAAAUGGUUGGCUGUAAGCCUAACGUCAGAAAACUUAUUCUGACUGAUCCAAAACUUGCGAUGGAAGUUUUCUUUGGACCCUGCACCCCUUGCCAAUAUCGAUUAAUGGGACCGGGGCCUUGGAAAGGUGCACGGAAUGCCAUCAUGACACAAUGGGAGCGUGUAUAUAAGCCACUUCAGACAAGACCUUGUGCUAAAACUGAGCGCAAAAGUUCAGGGGCAAUUUAUAUGUUGAUCGUCGCUGUAAUAGCUGUUCUGUUAUAUUUUAUUCUGUAAACAUUUACGAGUAUUUAAUAUCAAUGUGUAAGAAGAUAAUGUUGCAUAGAUAAAGAUAUAUUUGCUCAGGACCUCUAUUCAUUCCAGCUGUCUAAAUUCUUGUUUAUUUGUUGUUAUUUUUGCCAUUAAAUAUUGGAAAAUUAAUGAUGACAUGUUGCCCUAUUUUUAUUUUAUCUUCUGUCUUUGAUACCCAGGCAGUGUUCGCAUCUUACUAAAAGUUUAUAAAGCUAUAUAUAAUGAAUGUUUUUUUAUUAUAUAAUUCAUUAACGGUGACAUAAAAAAGUUUUUGUAACCUUGUGGUCGAUUCCUAAAGUGUGGUAACAGUGAAUACUUCUGUAAUUUGCCUCGCAUGAAAACUCUGCAUUAACCGUAUAAAAUAUUCCUAGACAAAAAUAUAUUGAUUUUUGUAUGUUCUGAUCGCAGAUCUGACAACACAAUGCUGACAUUCAAUAUCUUCCCAACUAUCCUAGAAGUAGUUUUCAAAACUAGCGAUGCAAAGGAAAUAAAUAGUUUUAUUUUGUUACAAAUAUCCAACGAAUUAUAACGCAUUCAAAGUUUAAAAGUAGCUUUGGCUUUUGAAAUUGUCAAUAAAUGUACAAUCACAAAUUACGCGGAUGAAUGUUUUUUUAUCAAUGAAAAUUGAUCGGCUCUUUUCGUUAGGCUUCGAAUUAUUGUGAUCGGAAUUAAACGCGCCAAAAUGAACACUUGUUAUUUAAACAUUUUGAAAUGUAAAGUAAGGAUGUUGACUCUUGGACUGGGACAAAUUUAGGCAGUCGAAGAUCGAAAAUCAAUUUCUACUAAUUGUUGCAUUCUGCAUUUUAAGUUUACUUACUCAUACAUUUUAUAUAAU